AUGCUUAGAUCAUCUUCUGGCGGGCGGUGCCUGGGCCCAGGGCGCCAAGCCAGCGACACCUCCACGAUGUCGUCGGCCUACUUUGUGGGACUCGACUUGUCGACGCAGGCGCUCAAAGCGUCGCUGCUGGAUGCGUCGCUCCGUGGUGUAGAUGAGGUGAGUGUGCGCUUUGACGUCGACGUGCCUGAGUUUGGCACGAGUGGCGGCGUGCUGCGUCAUGGCCACGCGCUGCUCGAUGAGCCAGAGGCGGUCGCGGCGCCGGUCGACAUGUACGUCGCGGCUAUGGACGUGCUAUGGGACCGCAUCGCAGAAAAGUGGCCCGUCGAUCGCAUCGUCGCUCUGAGUGCCGCUGGACAGCAGCAUGCCUCCGUCUACUGGGCUCAAGGCGCGACGGACCUGCUCCGCGACGUCGAGGCACAUGCUCCGCUUCGUCCUCAGCUGGCCGGCGCGUUUUCGCGCGCGAUCGUGCCCAACUGGCAGGAUGCCACGACCCUCGAUGAGUGUGCCGAGCUCAUGCGGUGGGCAGAUACCACAGGUGGCAUGUGCGAGGUCACAGGCAGCAUGGCUCACACGCGCUUCACCGGCGCUCAGAUUCUGCGGUGGCGCAGGCGCCACCCUGAGCAGUAUGCGCGAACGGAGCGCAUUGCGCUCGUGAGCAACUUUGUCACGACGCUCCUGCUAGCCGGCGGCGCCGAUGCGCGCAUAGCGCCACUAGAUCAGAGCGAUGCGUGUGGCAUGAACUUGUGGGAUAUGCGCACGCGUGCGUGGAGUCAGCCGCUGCUGGCGAUGGUCGAUGGUGCGCAAGCCGGUGCGUUGGAAGCGAAGCUGGGCCACGUUGUGCUGGAUCCGCGCGUGCCCGUCGGACGCGUCGGCACAUGGCUCCAGCGACGCUACGGCCUCGCAUCCUCGUGUCUCGUGUGCCAGGCCACGGGCGAUAAUCCCGCGACGCUGCAGUGCCUGACACCACGGAUGGGCGAGGCCGUCAUCUCUCUCGGCACAUCGGACACGGUGUUGCUGCCCAGCCAGGUAUAUACGCCGGAUCCCACGUACCAUAUCUUUGCGCAUCCGGUCACGACAGGCGAGGCGCACGGCACGCCGCCGUACUUCCUCAUGCUCGUGUACAAGAACGGGUCGCUCGCGCGUGAAUGGGUGCGUGAUACGUAUGCGGGCGGCACAUGGGCCGGCUUUGAUGCGGCGCUGCAGUCGGCUGCCGAGCCACUGCAGCGUGGCACGGGCUUUUUCUGGCUGCGUCCGGAGAUCAUUCCCUGGCACGCACGGGGCCUUCACCGAUUCAACGAGCAUGACGAGCCGAUCGAGGCGUUUGAGGACGCAACGUACCAUGUGCCUGCGAUCGUGCAGAGCCAGUGCCUGGCGUUCAAGACGAGCAUCGAUCGCGUCCUUCGCACGUCGCGCACGCCUCUGCAGCGCGUGUAUGUCGUCGGUGGCGCAGCUGAGAACGAGCACGUGUGCCAGCUGCUCGCUGAUGUGCUCGGCUGCGACGUCGCGAGGCCGCGCAUCGUCGGCCGCUCUGCCGAGACGGGCCAGCGCGUGCCGUACAACUACUGCUCGGUCGGCGCCGCCUGCCGCGCUCGAUGGGUAUGGGCCGUCAUGCAAGGCGAGCAUGCGCCGUUCGAGACGUGCAUGACCGAGGCGCGGGGCGGAGAGGACGCAUACGACCUGGUAGCGCGGCCCGACCCGGCGCGGACCGAGGCCUUUGCGGCGUGUGUGCCGAGGUGGACGGCGCUGGCAUCACGCGCCUAUGCGGAGGGCAUCGAGUAG